AGACAUGUGAUACUAUUUUGGAAAAGUCAUUAUGUUUUAGUGCUAUUUAAGUAAAUUCCCCUUUUUUUAUCGGACACCUGCAACCAAAGCAAGAGUUAACCGUGGCGAGGGCUGAAAUAUUUGGAGAAACGGAAAUUCUCGUAAGGCAUAGAAAUAGGGAGGGAAAGGGACUGUUUCCCAAGACCGUAUCAGAUUUUGAUACGAUUCUAUUGUUUGGUGUCACCAAUAUGGAGGAGCUCUUGGAAAGGGUGAAGCAAACUCUAGACAGCCCCACCAACCAUUACAUAUUUCUUGUUUAUUUUCUCACUUGGCACUCCAUGGGAUAUUACGUGCAACUUGAAACGGGUAUGGACCUUGCGGAACUACUAGGACCCAAACAAAUUUAUUUGUUUAUGGCAAAGUAUAAAUCCAUCCAUUCAUGCUCAUCCACCUCUCUUCUUAGCCACGGGUUCCUAGUUUAAAUCAUUUGAGUUGUGACUUAGUUGAUUUGUAUGUGUAUUUGUACACAUACAAUCACCCAUCUCGAUCUAGCUACCUAGUCUGAUCUCUUUGCAAGGUUUUGAUAAACAUUCAUUUUGUGCUCUCUUUUUUUGUGAUUUUUUCAGUCAUCCAGUAACACUUGCCAAACCACGCACCAUUAUUUCUCCAUCUUCUUCAUGUCAUCCCAUCCCAUUCUAUUUCUGCACCUUUCUUUUCUCUUUUUUAAUACUGACUUCUACACAUAUUUCCGAUAAAGUAAUGAGCUGAGGAUUGAAUAAAUGAUAUAUUGAUCUUUCCUUUUUAGAAACAAUUGUUGGUGAUUUGAUGAAAUCACUUGUUCGGGUAAAAAAAAUUAAAAUUUAAGUAACCUCUUGUGUAAUGGACCUCCAUGAUCUAAUAUAAUUCUACCCUUCUAGCUAAUAAACAAAUUAUAAUCACUAGUUCAAAUUUCAGCCACGAACUCGAAAUGGGUGAUUGUAUGUGUACAAAUACACAUACACAUCAACUAAGUCACAACACAAAUGAUGUAAACUAGGAACCCGUGGCUAAGAAGAGAGGUGGAUGAGCAUGAAUGGAUGAAUUUAUACUUUGCCAUAAACAAAUAAAUAUGUUUGUCCUAGCAGUUCCGCAAAGUUCAUACCCGUUUCAAGUUGCACGUAAUAUCCCCUAGAGUGCCAAGCGAGAAAGUAAACAGGAAAUAUGUAAGGGUUGGUGGGGCUGUCUAGAGUUUGCUUGACCCUUUCCAAGAGCUCCUCAAUGUUGGUGACACCAAACAAUGGAAUCGUAUCAAAAUCUGAUACGGUCUCGGGAAAGAGUCCCUCUCCCUCCCUAUUUCUAAGCCUUACGAGAAUUUCCGUUUACUCCAAUAUUUCAGCCCUUGCCACGGUUAACUAUUGCUCUGGUUGGGUGUCCCAUAAAAAAGGGGAAUUUACUUAAAUAGCACUAAAACAUAAUGACUUUCCCUAAAUAGCAUCCCAUGUGUUUUCUUUCCAAUGUAGCACUUUUAGUCAUUAUUCAAGUAAGUAUUCGCUAUCACUAGACAUUAUGGACAUUAUUAAAUGCUAUUUAGGAAAUAAAACAAUUUAAGUGAUAUUUAGGGAAAUGACUUAAAUUCUAGUGCUAUUUAGUGCAAAUAUUUCUAAAAAAACCCCAAUCUUCAUCCGAGAAUGAAUUGGAUCCGGCACUGGAGGCAUAGGACCCUACCGCUGGAGGAGUAGAGGGGGCUCCCGAAGAGACAAAGAUGUCUUUCUCGUACCACACCGACGACCCGCAGUCGCCGGCCAUGCACCCAAACAGAGAGUUGCUGCUGCUGGGUAUGCCACCAAGGCCCACACGUUCCUACAGCCCCCCGCCCUUGGACGACGACGCCAUAUUGAUGAUCAGCAACGGCUGGUGCUUUGCCUUCGCCGCUGUCCUUUCCAGCUCGAAGAUGAGAUAUCAGCACAAACCCGAUUUCAACACUUUGUCCGAUGGCCGCCCAUGAAUUCUGCUAGGACCGAUAGAGUUACGUGCGCGUUGAUUGCGUAUGGCGCUGUGGCGAGGCUAAGGCACCUCGAUUGGGCUGUGCAUGACGAUGUCGUUGAGGCUAGCAAUGGCGAUCGCCAUUUUCAAUGCAAUGGUGUAUGGCGUUCGCAAUUGGCGCAAUUAAGUUCUCGCUCCAUUAUGUAUUCGUUUUUUCGUUCACCAUUUGACCGCCCGCCACUCGCCACAAAAAAGAUGCCAGCCUUUAUUUUGUACUCAAGGUUGAAUGCUUGCAUUAUUAUUAAGGUACAAAAUCUCAAAACUUCCUCUGUUUAGUGUUGAACUCUGUUGGUUAUUUCAGUGGUCAAUUUGAUGUUAUUUCGGUGAUGAACCAACACUGCUUUGAAUCAAAACUUCUCAAAAACAUCCCUGGUUAGUGUUGAACUUGUGUUAUUUUAGUGUGAAAUUGAAACUAAAGUUGUGCUAAUUUCUUCACCUAAUAUCUCAUGGCCAACACUAUAACUAAUAUUUUCUAAAACAUUUAGUCAUAUCUUUACGUGUUCAGCCAAUGUCGUCUUUUGAGAGCCAAUAUGUUUUGAUUGUGGACAUAGAAGAUGUUACUCAAAUCUAACACUAGCACUAUGUUUGGUUCAAGAAAUUUUACAAAACUAGUAAAGAGUUUGUCUACUU